GUUCAGUACUAUCCGGAAGAGACCUGUGCGGCUGUCGAGGAUACAGAGUUUGCCCAAUUGCCACCAUGUCCCAAGAUUAGGAAGGGUGGAGGAAAUGGUGGAAAUGAUUCGCCUGGUUCCGACUCGGAAGAUUCUACCACUGAGGCUCCGGCACCUGAGACCACUGAGACCACUGGCUCUGGCAACUCCCACGUCACCUACUCCGCUCCGGGCUCCGACAGCACCGGCUCUGGCCCUCAGCCUACUAGCUCAUCAGAUUCUGGCUCAUCAGGUUCUGGCUCGCGAGGUUCUGGCAGCUCACACACUUCGGCCGGAGGUAUCCCAGCUGCUAUGGGUGCUUUUGCUUCCUGGGAGAUGUUAACCGGACUGUCUGUGUUUUUGGCGGACUCUUUUUAUGUUGUUUCUCUUAUUUCCCUCGAUCUGAUGUAG